CGCUUCCCACAUCCCGAGCGAGCACCACGGCCGUAAUCCCACACCGGAGAGCUGAUGAGCUCAAUAAGGCUUCCACUUCCCCCCCAACUCACCCUCCACUCCACCACUCCCUCCACAACUGCCCUACCCCUCCCUCCUCCCCGCCACAUGUGCGAACGCUGGCGGACAAGUCUUCUAAAUUGGCGGAUUACAAGCGCUAUGUGAAACCUGCCAACUUGGCCAGAUUUCUCGCGUGGCCUGUUGGUGUGUUGACGCUGUGUUCGUGUGUUGACGCUGUGUUGGGGACUGUGGGAGGAAAGGGAGGUAUAUUCAACGAUGCUACAAUAUCUGGUGGGGGAGGAGCUAUAUUUAACGAGCCUUUACUAUAAUGUAGGCAUAUUUAACGAGGCUUCAGUAUAAUGAAGGCAUAUCCAUCGAGGCUUCAGUAUAAUAUGGCAACACCGGAGGCGAACCUGACGGGUGUGCGAGGAUCUGGGGACGUAAGUCCCGGGCACGCAGCACCUCCCAGACACCUGCACAAUUUCAACACCUUCCAGUUCGUAUCACAGUUAGUGUCGGCCACACCACCGUACCUCUUCAACAUGUCGGCACCAUUUCCCGGCAAUUUCUUCAGCGACUUGUUGCGGCGCAUGGCACCUCGCGCGGGCACGCCAGGGCUGCCCCCUGACCAGACGCUGCAGCAGCACAUCCGGGCUGCCCUGCUGGCCAAGAGCGCGCCCCCGCCCCCGCCAUCCCUUCCACCGACGGUGAUGCCACCGCCGCUGGAUUUGGCUGCCGCCACCCACCGUUCGCCCGCGCCACUGCAGCUGCACCACGAGAAGGGUAUCAAGCGCUCACUGUUCUCUGAUGUGUCAGCGUUGAGCUCCAGCGAGGACGAAGGAGGUGCUAAGAGACCUCGUCUGGAGAGUGAGGGACGUGAGGCAGACAAGCACCCUCCUGAGGGCCUACCUGCCCCCUUCCUCAUGCAAGCCCCAUUCUUGCCCACCUCGGUUCCCCCUCCUCAUGACGUACUCAGCCCAUGGUCCACCCGGGCCUCGCUCCUUCGCCCGCAGGUACCCAUGGCUGCCCACGUGCCGCCCACGCCCUUGGACCCGUACCGUUUGCUGCUGGACCUGCGACUGGCGGGGCAGUUGCGCACUAUGGCGGCCACACAGGCGCUGCAUAACAAAGAUAGUGCUAUAGGCGGCGGAGGCGGGGGAGGGUUGGGGCUGCACCCACCUAUAUCCGCCCACUCACCCAUCACCCUCUCCAAGUCUCUCUCGUCACGCAACUCGCCUCCACUUUCAGACACCCGCACCCCUCGGGACGACCCGCCCCCAGUCAGCACUAACAUGGGUGUCCUACACGGUGGUGACGACAGAGUGUCGGCCUUCCACCCGCCCUCACGCCCACACCCCGACCCCGCCGAUACUAGCGACGAAGACACAGGGGAUCGCCGCAGUUGUAGCCGCAGCAGCAGCGGCAGCGCUUCCAGCAGUGCCAGGGAGGGGCUGGGACCUCAGUACAUCUUUAAGCACCUCACCCAAAUAUACCGCACCAUCGACGGUCAUAAGGUAGAGGGUAUCGACGGUAUGGAUGAGAGCCGUCACGAAGAAGGGCGCAAGGAGGCGCCCCCGGGCUCUCCUGAGGGCAGCAGGGGCAUCACAUGAGUGACCCCCGCGGGGAGGGACAACACGAGCAGCGAGCAGAUGAUGAUGGCCGCACCAAGGAAGGUUGAUGGCGGGCCCCGUCUCACUCACCGCUGUGGCAGGGAGCCUCUGGGGCCCCCACUACACUACGGGGGCCACCACAGCCUCAACACCCACCGGUGUAUAAUACUGUUGCCAAAAGGAAACCGGAGCCAAAGCUCGCCUUUCAUGAUACAACCUCACUUUCUUACCUUCAAUGUGAUAAUAUUCUUUGCUAUCAUUUGCGCCUCUAUGUUUUAUUAAGUUCCUGGUGCUGGCGUUCCUUGUGACGUCACUAAAGCAACGCUCCCCUCCUCAAAAGAUCUCGUUAGUCAUUCAGUGUUCAAUGUAUAGCUCACUAAGAGAACUAAAUGUCCAAUUUUAUUGUUUUGACUCAUUCUUUGAGAAUUAUUUAGAUGCCAAAGGUAGUGUAGGUGUAUAGACAUCCUGUGUAUAUGAAUUAUGUCUCCUUCCAAAAACCAGUGAGCCGGAAGUGGCCCCGCGGGCCACGGGGCCAUACUAACCUUCAUGAAGGUUCUGGAAAAAAACCGUCAUGACUAGAUCUGGAAAGUUUACAUCACACAUGUAUGGAAUUGCGGCAAACUGUGCUUACUUGUAAGCAGGCGUGAAAGUUAACAUUGUAAGCCGAGCCUAACGUUGUAAAAUAUUACCUGGCUAAGGUUGGGUUAAACCUCGCUUGGUGGGUGAUUUUUUUUUAAUGGUGUAAUAUCAGAACCUAGAAUGUCCUAACGGUUUAUUUCCUGUUCCCUCUGUCUUAACGGGACUGGUUUUAUUCUACGCCGUACCCGGCCUCCUUAACCUCACACUCUGGUUCUUCGUCUUGUGGGCAAUCAGCAAAACUCUGUACCUGUGAACCAAUGUCCCAGUUAUCGACAAAACUGUGCUGAACUGUCGACCUAUUGAAAUCCUAAUAAUUAAAGUAUGAGAGCUAAUAUUUCAUGGACAGUCCUUGCAGUGAAAUUAAUUGAAAAUAUAAAAUAAACAUUUAGGUAUGAAUUAUAAUCAUACACAAAAUUUUACUAUGAAAAACUAGCAAGGCAGAUUAUUAUUAUUAUAAUCAAUAAAGAAGCGCUAAGCCACAAGGACUAUACAAACUAGCAAGGCAGAGCCUAGUACACCGUAUCUGAGUUUCAAAUAACCAUGUUGAUAGUGUGUUACAAGUACUAGUUUUUUCUCUAUGUACUACGACUGUCGCUCAAAAAUAUUUUUUACUUGUGUUUCAUACAGAUAUGCAAUCCUUCGCAGCGCUGUAUGACCCUUGCGAAUUUAGCGCUGAAUUUUUAUUAUAAUAAUGUGCAAUCCUUCAUUGGAUACUAAAUUGCGGAUAUUCUUUUCUAUAAAUAUUUAUGAAAAUGUGCAUUACAAAUGUGACUGUUAUGGUGAAUUAGUAUAAGUAAACAAUAAGGUGCCUCAGUAUUAGACAUUAGCAGCCAUAAUAUUCCAAACUGCACCUAACAUUUACUGAUAACUUAUCAGCUUUUAUAUUGUUCGUGCAACAAGCUAAACAAGGAGAACUGAGGUAUUAAACGCCAUCUUUCUCGGUUUCCUUACACACUAUUUCCAUUAAAAAAAAAUAAAAGUUUACCGGACCCAGUUGACCGAAAUGUUGCAUGAAGUAACAACAGGUAGCAUGUAAGUGAAUCAAUGUGCAAUGUUUUCUGACUUGACUGGCUACGUACAGUAGGGAGCUUUAUCAUUCAAUUAUAUUAGUUUUUUGCACGUAAAGUUUCGGGUUACUGAGUCAUAGUGUCGGCCAUAUUGGGCGUCAUGCAGCACUGGUAACCUAGUAUCAUUUUUCUAAGCCUCAACGAUGGUUCUUGCUUCUUGUACUCUUGAGUGAAGUAAUCGGCAUGAUGAUUGGUCAAAUGUGACAUGUUCCAGCGGGAAUUUGGAAGAGGAAAACAGAGGAUUUCUGUCAUUGGGUAAAAAGACUCUGAGUCAUCAUAAGAAUUACUUUUGAGAGAUGCCCUGAUGCUGAUGAGCUCUUGAUCAGGAGAACUGGAGCUACCAUCCCUUACUGUGAAUUAAACCUGAUUACCAUCCAUUUCCCAGGCGCUGUAUGACUUACAAGUUUAAUGCUUCCCCAUGAAUUUAAUAAUAAAACAGAAUACUAUAGGCUAUGCAGCGAACAUUUAAUGUCCUUUAAUACUUAUAUCCCAUAAUUUUAUUUUAGAUGAUAAUGAUUAAAUUGUGGGUAGUCACAGCGUCACAAGUUCAUUGUAAGUGUAGCCUAAAGUGGACGAUAUAUGGGGAGGCAAAUCUUCACAUCAGUUAACAGAUGGAUAAUUAUUUAUGGGAUAUAUACAAUGGUGGUAUUUGACCACAAGUGUUGACAGAUGGCGUGAUGCAGCACCAGGUAUUAGUGGUAAGGCGGUGAGCCCAUAGGUGCUGAAAAAGACACGUUUAACAAAAGAAAACCUUUCAUUAAAUACCUGCACGAAUUAUUAUUAUUAUAAUCAAAAAGAAGCGCUAAGCCACAAGGACUAUACAGCAUACCUGCACGAAGCUUUAUCAAGUAUCUGAUAAAACCUUCUGUAAGUAAAACGUCGACAUCACUAGGCUAUAAUUCUUAAUAAAAUUUAAAGAUUUUUCAUUCUACUUCAUAUAUUUUUGUAUAUAGUACUAGUCCUCAAGAUUAGCUAAACACUGCACUGACCAUGAGAUGUUAAUUUGCAUACUUGUUUUUAUACAGGUAUUGGUAAGAUGUGUUCUGGAAAACGGUCGCCAAAGCGUAUAACGCCAAAGUUAUAUUAAUAUUUUUAAGUUAUCAGCUUCACGUCUAUACUUAAAGACAAUCAAUGUCUUACAAUCAGUUCUCGCAGGCUUCCAAAUGGUUUAAGAGUUAUUCUUCCGUGAACUAGUGAAAGAAGUCGCCAUUCGAAUUCCAGUCCAGAGUGUUUACAAAAAAUAUAUUACGUGUAAGUACCUAUACCUUGACUUCCUUUAAGCUGUAACCAAGCUUACGUUAUCAUAGGAAAGAGCACCCACGUUAUUUUAAAUGGGUGGCUUAAUAUUUAUGGUAAUGGAGACUCAGUAUUUAAAUUCUCGACGAAGUUCUUCACAAAAGUUGUAGCAAAUCGUUGAUGGUGAUAAUAAUAAUUUAAUAUCGAAUGACGACUUGCUCUCGUAAUGAUUCUUCAGUACUGUAUGUACAUAGCCUUUACCUUAUACAUGCUUUCAUGUCUUAUAAUGGCCCACGAGUGUAACUGCUCCUUGAGGGUCGGGUGAGGCCGGCAACCACUGCUGAUGCAGAGAUACAACUCCUUCCAUGACACUAAUACUACACGCUUUCAAUACGAUAAACAUGCACUAAAAUACAUUAGCAGUCUGUUGAGAAAUAGCGGCCAAGUUGUAGAAGAUGAGGCUAUUGACCAGUGGCGAGACAAGAAAUUACCAGCGAUUCGAAGUGAUGAGGCUACUAAUUGAUGAGCCAGUGUCGGCAGUGAAGAAAUUACUAAUAGGAGAAAUAAUUCUGCUUAAUAAAUGAUUAGCAAGACUGCUAACGUUGGGGUCAAAACAGGUUCAUCACUUCUCGCGUAGCUUUCCAACAACGCCAUAUUACAAGAAAAUGUCUCUUGUAACAAUAAUUUAAAGGGGUACAGGUAAACAAAAUAUUAAAUGCCUCGGGAUAAUAAAAAUGCAGUUGUAUGGUGUCUCUGGUAGUUGGUGUCUCGGUGGUAGCCGGACUAGUCAAUGGCCACUUCCACGAAGCUUAAUUCUGCUGCUUCUUGGCGUGACGUUGCUAUUAUGUUCAUAGUGAUAGUGUCACUAUCAUUUUGCCACUGCUGUAGUGCGAGAGGACCGUCAGGAGAGCUACUAGAUGACGUGCAGUGGCUCCCGACCCUCUAAGAUCUCCGGGCUUGUGUGUUGUGUACAUCUUCUCCAGUCAGUAUUAGGGAAACUCUGUGUUUACGUAAGGAAAUAUAGGUGGCUGUUAACUUGCCCAUGUUUUUGACACCACCUGGAUUUACACAUCUGACGCCAUAUAACCCCAUCAAGUUAAAACGUACUGAUAGUAAAGCCGCUAUGAACAAAGACUUGGACAACGUAUCACUGCACAGUGAUACUGAGGCAGUCUGUUUAUGCCGAUUUUCCUACCAUAUACUUUCACGUUAUUGUGAAGGUAUCAAGAUUAAGAACGUAAUCCUUCUGUUGUCGCAACAAAUAAGAGUAACCAAGCUUUGCCAUGAUGUAUUUAUAUCCCAAAUCAAAAUUACUGGAAUUUAACUUAACAUGUAAAAUCUAUUAUAGUGAAUGCAAUGUUCCAGAAACCAAUAAGAUACAGAAUUGGUAUUAAGCACCUAUGCAUAAUAAUACUUAAAUUUACUAGUAAGUGAUCGUACCUGUGUCUGAAGUAAAGUCUGUAUAGUGUUGUCUUGUUUCUCAUGUAAAUAAGAGAAGACGAAUUUGAA